AUGGCAGUACAGACAGCGCAAGGGCUCACGCCCGAACAGGUCGCAUUCUUCAACGAGAAUGGCUAUCUGCUGAUACCAGAGGCACUUUCUCAAGAUACUGUGAAGCUGUUGCUGGAAGAUAUAAAUACGAUGUUGAACGAAUUUUCGCUGGACGACCAUCCUAUGACAAAGUUCUCGACGGGUGGUGACGAUGGUGCAGACCAUGUAGGCGAUUCAUAUUUCCUUGAAUCUGGAGACAAGGCACGGUUUUUCUUUGAAGAGGAUGCCUUUGAUAAGUCCGGGAACUUGACCAAACCCAAACAUCUCGCUAUCAACAAGAUCGGACACUAUCUCCACGAGUUAUCGCCUUCUUUUUGCGCCAUUUCACUGUCAGAGCGCAACGCUGCCAUCGCGAAGUCCCUUUCAUUCCGCGACCCACGCUACCGCCACAUCAAGAUAGCACGUUCUUGUAUACCGAUCCACCAAGUGCAGUCGGCUUCUGGUAUGCGCUAG